AUGGGGGUGAAAAGAGAAGACAGUCUCCAUGCCUGCUGUGCCCACACAGAAUCGGAGAACCUAGACGCGGGCCCUGAGGAGGCACCCCUUUCCGGAGAAUCCUCUCCAGGAUCAGCUGGAGACGAGAACCAGGAGGAUGUGGUUCAGCAGGGACCUCCACAAAGAGGAGGCAAGCAACGCAAGAAUUCUCGCCCUCCUGCUGGGAACCAGCAAGGACCCCAACAGGAAGGCCAGCGUCCUGGGAGCCCAGGGCCCCAGCAAGGAGGCAAGGGGCGGGGGCAGCAGCAGCGGCAGUGGGGGCAGCAGCAGCGGCAGCGGGGGCAGCAGCGGCGACAGGGUGGCUCUGAUGGUCCCAGGAACCAGCAGCAGUCCCCAGGAGGCCGACCACGUCCGUAA